AAAAUUGAUAUUUGGUCCGACCGCGACAAGAUCGGAUUCUCUCUAAUUAGAUUUUGAAGCCAACGAGCAAGGGACCAAAACCUCCUCCUUUCUCAAGUAGCCAUUGCAAUCUGCAGGCAUAAGCGUUUGUUGCGGCGGAGACUUAAUCAGUUCUCACUAAACGAUGUCUUACAUGAAAGGAAACCUUCUCACUAGAACCAGAAAAUUGGUUAAGGGUCUUGCUAAAUCUGAGCCUGUUUGGCUCAAAGCCAUGGAAAAGGCCCCACCUGUUGUGUUCCCUCAUUCGGAUGGAAAAGUCAAGCCUAUCAACCUUCCUGAGGAUGUUUAUAUUAAAAAAUUCUUCGGGAUGCAUCCAGAAUCAAAAUAUGAAGAUCCUAUCAAGCUUGUUAGCUUCAAUCCUAUCCCAGCUCGUAUUUUCGCUGGACGAGUGCUCGAACUAAAGGAGCAGGGAGUAAAAGAGGUGGAAGCAAUUGCUGUAGCUGAUAUGGAAUACCGAACAGAGAAGAAGGCCAAAAGGCAAGCAUUCAAGCGUUUGAAGGAAAUAGCGCGUAUUCAAGGGAAGAAACCACCUCCUAACCCAUAUAUGAGUGCUAUAAAGGAAAUACAGGCGGAGGAGCGACCUUAUGUUCGUGAACGGUUCUUCGAUAAUCAGAUAUUGGCUAUUGCUAAAAAGAUUAAAGACGACCGGGAUGCUGAAAUGCAGGAAAGGUUUGGCUUCCGAUAAUAGGCAAAUUCUUAUAUUAACCAAAUAUAUUUGCCUGCCAUUUGCCUAAUAUCGGAAAAGUUUGCACAUCUUUGCGUUUCUUCCUUUCUUAUACCUUUGGUUCGUCAUUUUUCAUGAUUACGUAUCAUGAAUCAUGUUGAUUUUUUGUUCUUUCCCGGAUAGUUGUUUAAGAAAAUGUCGUAUUUAAAAUCAAAUAGCCAAAGCACUAUUUGCGUAUCGUGUUACGCCUGAAUCUUGAUGAAGUCUCUACUUGCUUUAGCUUAAUUAAAGAUAUUUUUGCCUUUGAUGUCUUCAUAGUUCUUACCUCGGUUCGAGAUUAAAAGAGAAACUUGAUCGGUCAUA